AUCACUUACUCAUGACUAGGACCCUCCUCUUGCACCUUGUCACAGUGCACUGAAUGUCUCACCAGUCUCUCUCUCCAGCAGAACCAGUUAUCUGCCUGACCCUUGGGGUGAGGGGUUCAUUGCAGCAACCUUCAAAACCGAUUCUUCUUUGAAAGAUAUGAAGAUACUGGGUCCAUUUGUUUUCUUGCUCUUGCUUGGGGGACUGUGGUGUCAGAACAACCGUAAUGCUAAAGCUACUGGAAAGUCCGCAAAGAAGUCUAGUGGGAUCCAACAAGGUGAUGCUGGCCAGUCUGCCUCCGCAGCUGAUGUUACUUCAGGAAGCACUGGAAGAACUGGAAGCACCUCCAGAAACACCGGGGGCUCAGCCGAAUCAAGACAGGAAGGUGCUGCAGGGACUCGUGGAGCUGGACAGCAGACAGAUGAUAUGAGGCUGCACUACCUCACAAACACACAAGUUACAUGUAAUGAUGGGACAGUAGCUGGGUUUUACCUAAAGGAAUUCAGAGGAAGCCGCCGAUGGUUGUUAUUUCUGGAAGGUGGCUGGUGCUGCUACAGCAGAGAGACCUGUGAUUACAGGUACCAAAAUAUCCCCCGACUAAUGAGCUCAUCGGGGUGGCCUGAAACUAAAAGAGGAAGUGGAAUAUUAUCUUCUAAAGCUGAGGACAACCCACACUGGCAUAACGCAAAUAUUGUAUUCAUCCCUUACUGUUCCAGUGAUGUGUGGAGCGGCACUGGGCCUGCACCGACACCCCCUUCCAGGCCACGACAAGGCAGGGACAAAGUCAGAGAUAGGAAUAUAAAUGCAACUGAAUAUAACUUCAUGGGAUCCCUAAUCAUCCGUGAAGUCAUCAAAGAUCUCAUCCCUAAAGGAAUCAAGCAGGCCAAGGUUGUCAUGCUGUCUGGUAGCAGCGCUGGUGGAACAGGUGUUUUGCUCAACAUUGCGAGGGUGGCCAGUCAGCUCCAGCAGCUUGGUGCAGAAGCUCAGGUCCGAGGCCUCGUGGACUCAGGCUGGUUUCUGGAGAGCAAGCAGCAAAGAUCACCAAACUGUCCUGAGACAGUUUCCUGCUCACCUGAGGAUGCUAUCAAGAUUGGACUCAGGCUGUGGAAUGGGGUUGUUCCUGACAGAUGUCGGCAGCUCUUUAAAAGAGGGGAGGAGUGGAAGUGCUUCUUCGGUCAUAGACUAUACUCUACUUUGACGUCCCCUGUGUUUAUUGUACAGUGGCUGUUUGAUGAGGAACAGCUGAGGGUGGAAAACAUCUAUAUAGGGGGACAGAGCAUGUCUGAGGAGCAGUGGCAGUACAUACAGAACCUGGGCUUGGAGCUCAAAAACUCCCUGAGAGAUGUUACGGCUGUAUUUGCUCCGUCCUGUCUCUCCCACACACUAAUUACCAAAAGUAACUGGACAAGUUUUCAAGUUAGAGGCACGUCUCUGCCACGUGCCCUUCAAUGCUGGGACAGGAGUCUGGAAGCAAUACGUAACAACAGGACCCCGGCUAAAGGAUGUCCUUUUCACCUCGUGGAUUCCUGUCAGUGGCCACAGUGUAACCCCACCUGCCCAGCUUUGGUGGAUAAGACCACCCAGCAGGAGCUUACCUUGCUCCAGAUGCUGGUAGCCAUGGGUCUGGACCUCCAGAGGCUGGGCCUGGAUCCCCAGGGAGAUGCAGAUUCUCUUGUCAGCAUGGUCAGGAAUGGUGGCUAAGUGUGAAAAUUUAGGGUACACGAAAGGUUAGCCAGAGGCUUAAUAGAUGAAAAACAAAUGUGUUGAAAAUUUUAACGUAACCAUAGAAAUGCUGUAGAAAUCUGGUUACUAUGUCUUGUGCUACUCAGCAUUCCAUUAUGCUCCACAUGACUGUUCACUUUGAGACUUGGCUGGAGGGUAUGUCACUGCAUCUGGGUUUGAAUGGUUUAGUGGGCCCUCUACUGGACACCAGUGGAAAGAGGUGUUGCAGCUGUACUGAUCAACAAGCUUAGUGUUUAGCAGAUGGCUGUGCAUAACCUCCUACAACACACUUUCAGCCUGAUCACUCCACAGGAACAUGUAACAUCAGAGCAUGGUAGUAGAGUUGUAAUGAAUAGAAAGUACCUGAAAGCUGACGGAGACACAAACAUUUUGCUCAAACAAGAUAGAAAUGCUUUUGUGUUCAUGCAGCUUUUAGCAGUUAAACUUGCUUUAUACUCUUUAUCUACAGUCUGAUUUAGUUAUUCACUGAUUUCCAA